AUGGCCGUAUUAAAUGAAUCCGAAGAGGAGCGAGAGAGGGCACCGGAACCACCUCCAGAAAACAAAACCCGGGCGUCUCUGCGGUCAAGAUUAGCAACGAAACUUAAAGACGCAGCGAUCGGUCAGUGCUCUUCAUUUAUUAGCUUUUUAAUUUCAUACCAUAGCACGAUGCAAUAUUUAACUGGAACGCCGCCGGUGUUCUACGCCAAUAGCCAAAUCACUGGACCACCGAUUUUUGCUCAAUACGAAAAUUUAAGUACCUCCGCCAGCACAUCUUCGGGGAGCAACGCUCGGGGAGCUUCGGGGAGCAACGCUCCAUCAGCUUCGGGGAGCAACGCUCCAUCAGCUUCGGGGAGGAACGCUCCAUCAGCUUCGGGGAGCAACGCUCCAUCAGCUUCGAGGAGGAACGCUCCAUCAGCUUCGGGGAGCAACGCUCCAUCAGCUUCGAGGAGCAACGCCCCUUCAGCUUCGGGGAGCAACGCUCCAUCGGCUUCGGGGUGCAGCAUUCCGAAGGUUGAGGGGAGGGGCACUUCGAGCACUUUAAGAAGCAGCGCUCGUAAAAAUCAGAGAAAAAUGAAUAAAAAAGAAAAAAAGAACAUGAGUGGAGCCCAAGAAGAGAAAAGCUCCAAUUCUCUGACGCCCAAGCAGGCGAAACGGGCACGCCCCGUUGAGAAAGAACCGGAGCCCCCAGAG